CCCGCUCUCGCUGGCGCGCUGCCCCUGAGCGCUGCGUGGCGGCUGCUCCUCCAUCGUCCCCGCCGCCGCAGCCGGCUAUUCUCGACGAGAAUGCACGGUGAAUCGGCCCACCACUCUACAGUAGCAUGCAAGCGCGGCUGGACGUCGGCGCAGCAAGCUUGGCGUGACCGUCGAGCGCAGCGGCGCACGUGCCACACCACACCAUGGCAACGUCGAGAGCACGUCUGCGAGCUGCUCUAGUCUGCACUGCAUGGCUGCCGCUUGCAGCGGGCCGAGAUCUGCGCUCCGAGGUCAGAAAACUGCCAGGCAGCCCUUGUGGUGCAUCCAGGCGUUCAAGAGGCGCAUGCCGAUGCGGCGGGAUGCGUGGCUGUCCACAGCCGCUGCAGCUGCAGCGCUGUGAGUGCUCACGGUCAGGCGUUCGAGUCCUCAAGAUCAGGCGGUACCUGGACGGUGCGGUGGGCCUGCGCCUGCAUCGGCAAGCAGCAGAGGUGCAGCUCGAUCUCAAAGAACCACAAACGACGACCUCAAGCUCUCCUCUCGCUGACUUUGAGGUGGCUGCAUGCUGGUGUGCGGGGCGAGGGAGCAGCAGGCAGGCGUCAAGAGGCGGCGCCGCCGCUGCCAAGCCUGCCCUUUCGAGGCCCAUCGCCCAACGCGGCGCUGCUUCGCAUCUCGCCCAUCGGGGGCCUAGACCGCGCCCUCUGCAUGCAUCACAACAGCAGCGCAGGAGCAGCGUAAGAAGCAGCUGCAGAAAGAGAGCAGCCGGCAGCGCAGCGACCGCGGCUGCAUGCUGCAGCAGCUGCGAGCAAGGGCACGCGUGCAGAGGCCCGAUGCUGCAGCGGGCCCGCCCGAUUGGGCCUGGACGCUGCUUCCAUGCACACAUCACAGCACUCCUCUGUUCAGCGCAUGCCAUGCUGAUGCUGCUGCUGCAGCAACACCUCGGCAAGUGCAGCACGCCGAUCAGAGCAAGCGACGGUGCAAGCCAGCAGAAGCGCCGCUGCGCUCAAUGCCGGACCACGCACGUCUGGCGCAUAAGAAGCGGGCGCUCAAGCGGGCGACCGCAGUCGGCCGCACCUCCCUCUCAGCCUCAAGCACGCCUACUCUCCCUCUGGCGCACUCGACUGCACCAUGCACCUCUGCUUGAUGCUCCUCUGCUGCGUCGCGGCCUGCCUUGCCGUGGCUGCGGGAGCCGAGACGCUGGCUGCGCCGAGCAGCACGCUCUCCGUCGUGCCUGGCACUGCAUUUGCCGCACCUACGCCGGCACCGCAGCUGGCCGCACGCGCCACGACGACCGUCGCCGGGCGCACAUACGUCGUGACGCGCCGCAUCACGACGACUCGCCGCGGCACGCGCGCCGCAACGGCCACGAUCGACGUCGUCUCGGAGCUGGCGCAGAAGACGGGCCUCAGCAAGGGCGCCGUGGCAGGCAUCGGCCUCGGCGCUGUGGCGCUGCUCGUGGCGCUCGGCCUCGCCGCGUGCUGGUGCCGCCGUCGCCGCCGUGCGCGUCGCGCGCCGCUCAUGGAACCCAUCGACGAGGAGGAGCACGAGGGCGGCGAGAAGAAGAACGAGCAGCCCGAGCCGCUUGCAUACACGGCCUCGCUCGACGCCCAGCAGCCUGCAACGGUCCCUGUGGCAGCGCCUGCCGGCGGCGAGCCGGUCGCGUCGCCGUACCCGCCCUCGUCGGCGGCCGCCGCGUUCCCGAUGCCCUCGCCGCCCGAGCCUGCAUACAGCGCAGCAGGCAUCAUGCUCAGCUCGUCCGUCUCGGCACCGGUGCUGCAGCGUCACGGCAUCUUUUCCACCAGCGCUGCUGCGCUCGGUCCGUCGCCCAGCACGCCGCUGCUGCGCGUCUUUCCCGCGCCGCCGCCGCCGGCUGGCUUCGCCUCAGAGGCCGGCGACCACGCACCUGCUCGCGCCGCAGUCGGCGAUGCCCUUGCCGUGCCCGUCUGGCCUCCUCGUGGCAGCACUGAUGUCCGUCCGGCCAGCGUUGCCCUCGAUGCGCGCUCCGAGUCGCCGACGACGCCCAUGCCGAAUCCGCACGAGGCGCAGGAGCUCGGCAGCUGCGGCCCGCCGGCCUACGUGCCCGACGACGCUCACCAGACGGCAGCGUGCGAGAAGCACCUGCCUGGCGUGCAGCUCGCUGCGGCGAGCGGCAGCAGCAGCUCUGCAGCCCAGAACCCGUCCGACCACGUUGCCUAAGGGCAGCUCCAUCUCGAGCACCCUCGUCCGGCCUUGAUCCUCGCUUGUACAAUACCUCACCACCAGUCACCCUGAUAGGCUCGCUCUUGUCCCCGAAUGUGACCCUCUAUUCCUGCGC